AAUGUUAGCAACAGAACCCAGAUUGGAGGAAAAACGGCGGACUUAAAACCCGGGUUCGGUCCAGCUGUUCAGGAAUGACACCUCCGUGGGGGAUGAAACAGUGCAGCACAAACAACUGCCAGCGUGAAACACAAACAAUUACUUAUCCAGUUUACAAAGCUGUGCAUAUUUCUGCAUUGAAACAGAAUGGACUGCUGCAGUCUCUAUCAGCAACACCCAGUGAUUUUAAGGAACCAGAUAUUUCGGAGGAGGUGUUACGAGUCCGUGAAGAAUGGGACAACAUAACAAGCAUCCAUCCAGGAGGUAUGGAAAAUUAUCAUUUUAUUCCAUAUUGGGAUGCUCUGAGUUGA